UGGAGCUCUCCGAGGGAGGGGCUUAAGGGGGAAGCUUUAGAUAAAAGAGCCUGUACGGGAGAAGCUAAGGGAAUUGCACAAGGAGCAGGAGCUGAAGAGUAGAGGAUCCUUCAGACUGGAGAAAGGGAAAACUAGAGAAGUUCCCGAGGCACCUUGCAGCCUGCCUCCUCCCCCACUUAAAACUCCUCUCCCUUCCCCGAAAGUUAAAGAGAAAGCCAAGGGUGCUGCUUCUCCCCUGUUUUCUACUCAAUAAAUACCACUUUUACCCUCCCACGGGAAAACAGAAAACUCAUUUCUUUCUCAAUUUUCAGGCUUAGAAAAGAUCUAGGCCUCGCAAUUUGAUUUUUAGCCGGGGAGAAUCAAACUAGGGAGGGUAUUACUCUAUUUUUAAAAUCCCACACCUCAUCCUUCCCCGGACGCCAUGUCUACGAGCAGCUGUAGUUUCAAUGACCGGCGCGUGUCCAUCCUGUGUUGCAAAUUCUGUAAACAAGUGCUCAGCUCUAGGGGAAUGAAGGCUGUUUUGCUGGCUGACACUGAAAUAGACCUUUUCUCUACAGACAUCCCUCCUACCAAUGCAGUGGACUUCAUUGGAAGAUGCUAUUUCACUGAAAUUUGCAAAUGUAAACUGAAGGACAUCGCAUGUUUAAAAUGUGGGAACAUUGUAGGUUAUCAUGUGAUUGUUCCAUGUUGUUCCUGCCUUCUUUCCUGCAACAAUGGACACUUUUGGAUGUUUCACAGCCAGGCAGUUUAUGGUAUUAACAGACUAGACUCUACUGGUGUAAACUUCCUACUUUGGGGCAACUUGCCAGAGGUAGAAGAGAGUACAGAUGAAGACAUGUCAGAUAUCUCAGCAGAGGAGUGUAUUAGAUGAAUAGAAUUAUAAUAUAUAUAAUAUUUAAACUUUUUCCUAUGUAAAAAAUAUAUGAAUGGACCAAUUCAAAAAUUGUUAGUAAGGAUUUGCCAGUGAUUUAUUUUUUUGGAAAACAAAAAUGGGGCAUUUGUUGAUUUAUUUAUUUUCGGUCUCAAAUUAAUUACCUGAGUUUAUUGAACCAAUGUAGUCCUUUUCUUUUACUUCUACUUCUACUUCUACCCUUCCUCUCUCCAUCCCUCUUCCCAGUAUAGGUGUACUCUUAAAUUCAGAUAAUAGAAGAAUCUUUCCUGUGUCACUCAACUAUCUCCCAAUCUGGGGAUGGUUUUCUUACAACUAGAUGCCAGAUGCUAUUAAUUUUACAUUCGAAUAAGGGGCAUUAGUAUCCACACAUAUAUCACCAUGCUUAUAUCCAUGCAUAAAUCUAUGCAUAUAACCAUGCAUAUAAGCAUGUAUAUAUGUGUGAAGCACAGCUGGGAAUUAAAGCCUAACAGGGACUUUUUAAAAAUAGGCUGUUAGGUUUCCAUGGGUACUAGUUAUCAUAUGUUAUAUUGGCGAUAACUAUGUUAAUAUGGAACGAGACUUUGUGAAUGUAUGGAGAAAUC